AUGGAGCCUUGGAGAGAUUGGUCAGGUCUUUUGCCUGAGCUGUUGGCAGAGAUAUCAAUCCGAAUACCAUCAACGGAAGAUUUCAUGGCAUUCCGAGGGGUUUGUAGCCCCUGGCGGGCUGCUGCGAGUAAAGAUAAGUUCGUAAAUUCCUGCCAUGCGAUCCCGUUGCUAAUGCUCCCGGAAAAACGACAUGGCCGUAGUGAUGAACGCGAAUUUUACAGCCUGUCGAGAAGAAAGAUUGCUAUGAGGUUACCACUCCCGGAGGCGAAGGGGGAGGUUAAUCUGUUGAACCCUUUUUCUCGUUCUUUAAUCCAUCUUCCCAACCUUACAAAAUUCCCUGUUCCUGAAUGCUACAGAUGUACCUCAGUCCAAAAAGCGGUUUUCUCAGCUAAUCCAUGUCACACACCCGAUUUUGUUCUCAUGGUAAUUCACAGUUUAAGUUUAAGGUUGGGAUUUUGGAGGCCCGGCAACUCGAGUUGGACCGCGAUAGCAUUGCACACUAAUGACGGAUUCAUGGAUGUAAAUUAUUGCAACGGGAAGUUUUAUGCCAUCGAUUCCGAAGGCAAAGUUUGUGUUUGGGAUGAAUCAGCACCCGAUCUUGAGGUUGUCCAUCUUCUAUUCAGAAUAGAUGAUGCUCAAUUAUUUGUUCCAUUCAGAUAUACAUAUUUAGUUCAAUCAUCAGAAGGGGAGUUACUAUUAGUGAGUUGUUGGGUUGCUGAUCCUUACCCCAAUGGGAUUCAAGAGAUUGCCAAUGUUAAAGUUAUUCAAUUGGAUGUGGCACGACACAAGUGGAAGAGGAUCACUAGUUUGGGAGAAGAUGCUGUUUUUUUCAGGAAUGGUGCCGCGUUCUGCAUCCAGGGUUCCACCUUCCCGGAUUUGAUAAAGGCCCAAUUGCGCCUUUCCGGAAUUGGUGAAGUCUAA